AUGAGUCAACAUUUCGCCUCCUCGCACUAUGUCAGUCAUAAAGUAGGAGGACUCCGGCUGCUCUAUGAGCCCCUCUCGCUACUAUGCGCGCUGCGGGAACAAAUUCCAGAGCAUAAAUUCAGCGCAGUGGAUGAUGCUUGUGGGGUGAGUGGAAUCUUACAGCGCCGGCGCAAGUUCCUGAAUGCGCUUGUUCGAUUAGCCGCGUUGAAGCAGGAAUGGCACUUGGCUCUCACAGCAGGCUGUGAUGAGGAGAGUGUGAUUAUCGUUGUCGCGGGAAAUCUGGACGUCAGUGACCUGGUCGUUCCGUUUCUGGAAGAGUUGCUGGGCAUGGUCAACAGAGCUCUCGAUGCAGGCUUAAACGCUAGGUCAUGGGAGACAGAGCUUGGGAAAAUCUCCAAUUACGUGAUGGACUGGCAAGGUGACAAUAGUUGGGCGGUGUAUCACAGGAUAUUUGACCAUAUUGCGCCGGUUUGCAUACCGCUAAUGGCUGCUAGCCCUGAGGAGUUAGAAGGCAACAGUCCAGGUCGUAGCUGUGACUUUCCGGUUUGGUUUAAGCAAAGCUUUGUGGACAGUCAUGGUAUGGCGCUGCGCAAAGCUGAUAUGCCCGCCCUGGUGCAGAAGUGCUACGCCGCAUCCCGUGAUGGGAAGUUUGACAUAUUCAAGCGUUUUAUUUGCCAAAGCCAACCGUCUGUAGAAACGUUUGAGGAAUUCCAUCAACAGCUGCUAGACUUAGCUAUGCCUAUGAAAAUGUGUGAUCUGCUACUCAGGUCAGCCAUUUGCAUACGGGAACAUCUUCAGAGGGAAACUCAGGUCGAGCACGUACCUCCUGUACAGCGCAUGAAGAUCCCCCUAGUCAGAAAGAAGCAAAUUCCUGAUGCUAUUCUGAACCGGAUAGAUUCUGACCCUGAGCACUACAAGCUACUCCGUCAAGGGCUGGAGCAGGUCGUGCCUGCACCCAGCAAGCUAUCUGAACGGCUUAAAUAUUAUCCAGAAAAUGUUUAUACUGAAAUCCAUCCGGAACUUCGCGUUAUCGACUUUUUCGACAAGAGGAGUCGCCUACAAUAUUGGGACGAUUGUGACAAAUAUAUUGCGACUAGCAAGCCCUGUUGCUACCUCUGCAGCCAGUAUGUGUCACAUCGUCGCAACCACCAGAUCCAAAACUGCGAUCCAACCGACAUCGACCUUCAGUGGCGCUUGCCUGACAUCCGAGCUGUCGAAAGCAACGCACGUUUUGACGAACAGAAAAUGAUACUUCGCAAAAUGACAGAACGUGCUCGCAGAGAUGUUGAGAAUUUUAUAUUAGAGCGUUGCUCCGGGAGUAACGACUUGUCAGACGAUGAUAGUUCGCAGUCAUCUAGCCUGUCUAUUGACACCAUCACGACAUUGCAGGAACUAUCAAUUGGCGAGGCCAAUGAGUAUCUCAAUCCUUACAGGCUUCCACCAGUCAUUGAAGGUGACAAAUGCCCUGGUUCCAAGAGAUGUGAUGGAAGCGAUGAUGAAGAUGAUGAAGAAACUGUAGUUUUCAAGGGAAGGAGGGGAACAACUUCAACUGGCUAA